GGUCACUGUAGAUCAUGAUGGAUGUUACUGGUUCCGGCAGACCUAACUAAAGCAGCCUAAUUGUGAAUUGAAGGAUAAAUUAGGUGUAUGCCAUGCUAAAUAGAUGAGUCUUUAGUCUAGACGUAAAGUGAGUGUGUCUGCAUCCCAAACAGUGUUAGGGAGACUAUUCCAUAGUUUAGGAGCCAAAUAUGAAAAGUAUCUACCUCCUUUUGUGGAUUUCGAUAUUCUUGGAAUUAUUAACAAGCCAGAAUCGUUAACCGUUUUGUGUUGUUACAAAAACAGUAAAUUAAAAUAAAAUCGCUUUUAAGAUUUGGGCUUUUAAGUGAAGCGCCAAGAGACUUUUAACAUGAAAAGUAGCGUUGUUUUUCCGGAAGUGCGCGCGUGUGUUGCGAGUCAGCUGACUGCUGUAGUUCUGCAGCUGCGCGGUGUCAGUCAGCUGACAGAUGUGUUUGUGCGGCAGUGAAAUCAAACACCUGCGUGAUCAAACAUCAGCAGCGCGAUGAGCACCGGCACCUCGAAACCACUGGCGUCCUCCGGGCAGAAAUCCCUGCAGGACAUCUGUCACCCGCUGUCCGCGGAGGAGUCCGCGCUGAGCCUCCACACCAGCAGCACCGGAGAGAAGGACCUGAGCCUCCCCAAUGGGACUCCAGUAGACACAUCAAGCCCUGCCUCCUCCUCUUCUCUACUAAACCGACUACAGCUGGAUGAUGAUUUGGACGGAGAAACACGUGACCUGUUUGUGACUGUAGACGACCCCAAGAAACACGUGUCUACUAUGGAGACAUACAUCACCUACAGAGUCUGCACAAAGACCACCAGAACAGAGUUUGACCUGCCCGAGUUCUCGGUAAGACGACGCUACCAAGACUUUGACUGGCUGAGGAACAAAUUAGAGGAGAGUCAACCCACCCACCUUAUACCACCCUUGCCUGAGAAGUUUGUAGUGAAGGGAGUGGUGGACCGGUUUUCAGAGGAGUUUGUGGAGACCAGGAGAAAGGCGCUUGAUAAGUUCCUCAAACGUGUAGCAGACCAUCCGGUCCUCUCUUUCAACGAACACUUCAAUGCCUUUCUCUCAGCAAAGGACUUGAAUAAGCGUUUGGGUCUGGCUCUGCUCACUAAAAUGGGGGAAUCGGUGAAGUAUGUGACAGGUGGUUAUAAACUGAGGGGACGGCCGAUAGAGUUUGCAGCCAUGGCCGACUAUCUGGAUGUGUUCACACAGAAACUGGGCACCAUAGACAGGAUAGCACAGAGGAUCAUCAAAGAGCAAUCGGAGUACCUGGUGGAGUUGAGGGAAUACGGGCCUGUGUACUCCUCCUGGGCGUCUUUUGAGGAAGAUCUUCAUGAUUCUCUGGAUGGUGUGGCGGGAUGUGUGUCAAACUGCUCUAGCGCUCUGGAGGAGCUCACGGAGGACAUGAGUGAGGACUUCCUGCCUGUGCUCAGAGAAUACGUCCUCUAUAUCGAAUCCAUGAAGAAUGUACUUAAGAAGAGAGACCAAGUCCAGGCAGAAUACGAAACAAAACUGGAGGCAGUGGUGUUCAGAGAGGACAAAAAGACACCGGUGCCCACUGAUGUGGAGAGGUGUCAGGACCGUGUGGAGUGCUUCAACGCCGACCUGAAGGCCGACUGGGACCGCUGGCAGAACAACAAACGACAGGACUUCAGACAGCUGCUCACAGGCAUGGCUGACAAAAACAUCCAGUACUAUGAGAAGUGCCUUGCAGCAUGGGAGUCUCUCAUUCCAUUGUUACAAGACAAACAGGAAGCAAAAGGAGAAACGAACUGAGCAUGUAUUUCACCCACUCUCUCUGUCACUGGUAUGGCUGAGAGGUCAUGACCCUGUGAGCGGCCUUUGGACCCAUCCAACACGAUCAAAGAUUUCACAGGACAGCCAGGGAAGGGACAUUACCGGAUGGACAAGCUACAAGAAUUACAUUUUGUAAAGUCUCUAUUUGUGAAAACCCAUCCAACCAACCCCUCUCUCUUUCUCUGACAGUUUGUGGAAGGAGAAUCUGUAAUUGCCUCUUCAUAUCUCAAGUUAGAACUACAGAACCACAGAUAUGGGAACAUUUUAACGAUUGUGGCGUGGAGGGGAAUACGAGAGCGGAGGAAGUUUUGUUGACGUCAACCAAUUUGUAGUUUUAGUGAAAUGUUUGCCAAUAAUGCUUUUGUAAAUGCUUGUCUUUUGAAGCUAUCCGUUCAAGGGAACAAAGACGUUAGAAUGUUUGCUUUAUUUUUUUUGUUGAGCCCAUGAAGAGUCUGCCAACAUUCCUCUUGCCAAAGAUGUGGAACUGAAGUUCGAUAUCUCAUUAAAAAAAAAAAAAAACUGCACUUUUUUCCCCCAAAGAAACUUUGGACAUUGGCACCACAAAACACUUGCUUCAUUAUAGUCUGAAUUUGGUCGUUGAGUUGAAAUGAAGGAUGUUUUCCUAGCCAUAUUUGAUCUCAUUAAAUAUUUAUGAUAAAAUGUGUCGUAAUGAUUUGUACUUGUCAUUGUACUGAGCCAAUUUACCUAAUUAGUUUUUUUUUUAGUUGAGUAGUCUAAUGUCAGGUUUGCAGUGUCAACAGACAUAACUCGCAAAACUCUGGGACGUUAAUGUGGAGUGGUUUGUCUCCAAUGGUAUAAAUACACCAAUUUCGAAAAAGCUUUUCAUAAAAGCAUAGUUAUAAAUGUUUGGUUCAAAUGUUAUACCAGAGGGUGAGCUCCAAAAUAUCUGUUGACAUCGACAUUACUAUCACUUGCGUACAAAUACCAGUAAUACAGCAUUAAUAUUUUUGUCUAAUUCUGAUUCUGUCAUCAGUUACUCACCCUUAUGUUGUUCCAAAUCUGUCCGACUUUCUUACAUGGAACACAAAAGGCAAAAUUUCAGCCACAACAGUCCCAAAGACAGACUUUCUAAACAACAUUGUUGAUGCCAAGCGUCAAAGUCUGUAGAAGCAAUUCUGAAUGUUCUUCUAACUACUUUGCUUUCAGAUGUUAUAAAUAUUAAUCAUAUUAACAACAGUGACUCCAGUAAAGCUUAAUAUGCUCUUUUUAUAUUGUAUUUGCCUGUUUCUGAGGUAAUUUUCUUCAAGACAAAACACAGCAGCAGGAAUCUUCAUGGAAGGAUCUCUGAACUCUGUUUAUCACAGUUCAUGUUUAAAUGAUCAAAUGACCUUUAUUUUGAAAUUUCAUUUAGUUAUCUAUUCAUUUUAAAUGUUGACAGUUUUUGGUUUAUUGAAGACCAAACUAUUAAAUCAGAACUGGCCCUGUGGUGGUUUGUCUUUGUAUCACAACAGUAACUGCAGCAUACGGACUGAAACGUAAUAUUUGUUGCCACCUGCUGGUAGGGGCAGUUACUGCAGCAGCACUUCUGACACCAGUUGUCUUCUUUUCCUUUAAUCCCUUCACAAAACAGAAGCAAAUCCUCCCAAUUUCUUUUUUUAAGCAUAUAGUCUGUUUCUGUUUAGCUUUGUUGAGCUCUAAUUCAUGUCAUUCAUUUUAGCGAAGACACUAGGCCUAAAGUUUCACCUGUCAAACCCAUUAAAGGAAUAUUCCAGGUUCAAUACAAGUUAAGUUCAAUUGACAGUAUUAGUGGCAUAAUAUUGAUUACUACAAAAAAAACUUGCAGUGGAAAUGAAAGGGGCCAAUUUUUCAAUGUUAAAAUUCUCACUUUUUCAAAAGUAUAGCCACAAGACAUAAACAGUAUGUGUGUAAACAUGAUUUUAGUUUGAUAAAAUCACUUACUAACCUUUUGUGUGCAAAGUUAGAACCAAUUUUACAACUUCAUGACAUUACAUCGUCAUGGCAAACAAAUCCUAAAAUUACUGUAAAAAUUAUGAUUUAAACAAUUUUACAGCUCAAAUAAUACAUUAAUUUUAACAGAAUUUUUUUCCAUAAUUAUAAGCUUCACAUUUCUGCCUUUAAACCCUCCCAAAAGUGGCCCCAUUCACUUCCAUUGUAAGUGCCUCUCUGUAACCUCCAUCUUUGCUUUUUUUUUUUUUUUUUUUUAAAGGAGGAUGAGUCUAAAUUAAUUUUUGUGGUAAUUAAUAUUAUGCCACAAAUGCUGUUGAUUGAGCUUAACUUGUAUUGAACCUGGAAUUUUCCUUUAAGCCUUUUAAUGUGUCUUAAGUUUUCAUUUGUUUUGAUCAGAUGGUCUAUUUGUGUUACAAAGGCAGCUAUAUGACUUUGUGUUGCUUUGAUGCAUGUUGUUCUUUAUGGACAUGUAAAAUACUGUUUAUACUGGCAAUGAUUAAAUUAAGUUUACACGGGGACAGGUAAAUGUGAAAUUACUGUAGAGUAAUUAUAUGAAUUGUCAACAGGAACAGCUAAAAUAACUGGUCCAUUUGUGUCAUUCUAACAGUUUACAUUCUUCAAGAUUGUGUUAAACACCAUUUCUUGCUGAGAUAUUAUAUUUAAUCAUUGUAGCAUGAGUGUGUCAUAUGUUUACUUACUGUACAGAUCAGUCCAUGGGGGUAUAGAGGCAUAUAAUUAAACUCUUCCAGUAAAUUAAGAAAAUAAACAUAAUUUU